ACUUUUAGAACUUAAAAAAAAAUCAAGAGUUCACAAAUGACCUGCUGAAGCUAUGAUUCAGUAGUCAAGUGGCACAUUCUUCUAAGCAACAUGUAGUAGUGUGAAUAGAUGGUGGAGCAAUUAAGUUAGUGCCUGUGUUAACAUAUGUCUGAGUAAAACUUGCUUGAUUUAUCAUUCCAUCAGUGCUAUCAAAACUGCUCUUAAUAAAACUAAGGGUUAAAAAUGGAAGUGAAUGUCAGCAACCCUGAUAAAGGUAACUGACAUUUGUCAAUACCUUAUUUUUUUGUAUGUGUCUGAUAGAAUUCUUUAAGAAGCAUACAAAUCUGGGGUUUACUUAUAUUUGGAACAGUAAUUAUUCAGAGUCUUACAGGUUGCUCUGGAGGUCUGGAGAUACGAGAUGUAUUUUAACAGUUAUUUUGUACUUCAGAGAAGAUUCUAAGGUAGCUCUUAGUGUACAAAAUGAGUCUUUGUAUUGAAACCUCUUCGACCUUCAGAAUUAUGUCUUCAUAAUUAUGACCUUCAGCAUUCUGUCUUCAACUCUGAGGCCUCCAAGAUUGUUGCUCUUUGGAACCAGGUAAGUUUUGUUUCACAGCCUGGAAAGUAUUGGUACCCAUUCCAGUAGUCAUUUUCUCCAAAUAUGUUAGAAGACUCAUCAUUAAAGUAUUUAGAAUUUUUUUCAUUUUUAUUUUUACCUUUUGCAAAAUAGAGGAAAAGGCAUGUUGGGAGAAAUGAAUCUUCAGUUUUGGGCUGUUUUACAACAGAGAAAUAUAGAUGAGUAAGGGAAGAAAAGAGCGUAUUAUGUCUUUCUUCUAACAUCUGCAAGAAGAUAAUCUUCACUGUCCUGUGUUUUUGUAAUACUAAACUGCCAGGGAUUUUUUUUAACAGUAUUACAUACUAUUUUUUUUAAACAGUGUGCUAGAAAUGGUUGAUAAAACCAAAAAGUCAUUGGAUUCUUUUAAGGAAUAGUCUAAUACUGUCUUUUCUUUUUUUCCCUCCAUAUGCCUACUUUUUCUACUUUCCCUCCCCAUUCCUGCCUGAUUAAUAAAGACUCUUCUCUUCUGCUCUCUUAACUUUGUUAUGGAUUUUCUUCUUCUUUUGCCAAGAACAUGGUGGACUGGGAAGAUAUUCAUGAAUACAACCUAAACUGAGUUUGAAUACCAGCCAGUGAAAGGGAGAAACUUUGGUUAGUCUCUUAAUGAAUGAAGUGGUUCAUACUUCUCCAACCAUAGGAAGCAAUGUAGAAGAAAUAGUGGUGAAAAACACUCAUUUCUUAAUGUGGGAUAUUGGAGGGCAAAAAUCAUUACGGUCGUCGUGGAAUACCUAUUAUUCAAACACAGAGUUCAUCAUUCUGGUUGUUGACAGCAUUGAUAGAGAGCGACUUUCUAUAACAAAAGAAGAACUUUAUAGAAUGCUGGCUCAUGAGGAUUUACGGAAGGCUGCGGUUCUCAUCUUUGCAAUCAAGCAGGACAUGAAGGGCUGCAUGACAGCUGCUGAGAUAUCUGCAUACCUCACCCUCAGCUCCAUAAAGGAUCACCCAUGGCACAUUCAGUCCUGCUGUGCUUUGACAGGAGAAGGGUUAUGCCAAGGCUUGGAGUGGAUGACCUCCCGUAUUGGAGUGAGAUAGCUUUUUUUUUGCUUUUUUUUUUCAAUUCCUCCAAAAGAAGAGACUUCUAUUUAUCCUGUGAACAUGUACAUUUUUCUGUACUUUUGGCUGCUGAGGCAGUGACCAUGUUUAAUUUAUAUCAGCCAACCUCUAAGCUGUGCUUGAAUCAAGCGCAGUUGAACUGAAACACAAAAGUAUUUUCUUAACUUUUUUUAAUACACUAAUCUUCAACUGGAUGAACAUAUGUGAAUCUGUUUUUAAGCAUUGAAAUUCCUCUGAAUAUGAGUUCUAACUUUUUCGAUGAUAGCUUUUUAAAAUCUGUUUUGUCAUUGUCAAUAUUUCAUACUUCCUCUUUCUAAAUAGUUGUAUAAAUUACUAACAUAAAUGAGCACAUUUUAUUUAAUAAUUAAAAGUAGUGUUUAGGUUAACUUUACUCUGCCAUAGCUUUAACCUCAAAGGAUAACUGUAUCUCUCCAGCUGGACUUCCUGGAACUUUAGUAGAGUUCUAGCCAGCACGAGAAUUAAUAGUUAUGAAUGCAAAUUUUAAAAUGCCUAAUGAAUUAGUUAUAGUUAAUAUUGUGGUGGCUUUUAAUCUGAUACACAAUGGAACUUCUGCCUUAAAAGAAAUCUGUUUCAGUCUCAGUUUCUGUGGUAUGUAGUUCUAGGAUAUUCUUCUACUUGAAGAUACAUCUCUGUACAGUGCAUAAAAAUAUUGCUACUGAGUGCUGGUAUAGUCAUUAAGAACUUGAAUACCUUUUCAAAGGUAAAUUGGUAAUUAAAUUUGGAAUCACAGCAGCCAGUGUUAUGUGUAGACUUGCUGUAUUCAGUUACAAUUUUAAAUUCUGUUACAAUUUUAAAUUCUGUAUACAUGAGCCUUCCUCACCUUUUAGUGAGAGGGCUGUUUUCUAAAUGAAUGCAAAAUCAAAAGGGAAGCCAGACUUAUAAAUAAAACCAUGGUGCUGUAUCUGUAGACUUCAGAGUGAAGCUAAUCUUGACCUUUAUUUACCUACUAUCACAUACCUUUUCAGAUUCUGUUGCAGAGAAAUUAUUUUGCCUUCAUUUUUGUUUUUGGUCUUAUUUGCACGAGCAGAGGACUUUUGACGGUGUUUGAGUUAGAUUUCUUCACCUGAAAUCUGAAAAACAGGUGGUGAAAGAUUGGACCCAGUAACUGUUAAUUCAAUUUGAAGGGAAUUAAGUUAAAUCUAAAGAAAUCUAAAGACACUGUGUUAAUUGAGACAUUAGGUAUCAAAUAAACCUAACCACCAAUCACCCCAAAAAACCCCACAUGAGGAUUAAAAAAACCAAACAAAUCAAAACCAAUAGUGGACACCCAAUUCCUAGCAAAGUCCCAGCAGCAGUCAGGUACCCAACGUAUCUAAAUGCUUGGCAGGUUUUCCAGAAGCACUGUUCUGCACUUCUGCAUGCCUAAAAGCCAUAUGGAGUUUGGUUACCAGAACCAUUUUGCAAACUGACUGUAGGCCUUUGAUGACAAAAUGAUUUUGUUAAAUCUUGUUCCAGAAAUUAAAGCACACCGAGUUUUCUUUAAUAAAAUCUUAAGCUUUGUAAAUUUCAAUUUGCUUCCAUUUUAUUUAAAUAAAACUUAAUGAAAUUUUUAAA